AUUCAGCAACGGAAUCCAAGCAUUGUCCGGAUUUAUUUAAAUUGGAAUCCAUCCAUCCAUCCAUCUCUCUUCCUCUUCGGAUCUCGGUGGGGUUAGGUGUUAAAUUGCUUUUACAUUUCUUGAUCGGAGUGGGUGUUGGUCCAAUGGGAUUCGUGCCGGUUAUGCUCCGUCCUCUUGCUACUCGAGCUUCGGCGGUGCGGUGGUGGGCUGCUGCUGCUGCUGCUGCUUCUGCUUCAGCUUCUUGCUCCUUUCCGACGACUACUAAUACCGCCACGAGUAGUAAGCCCACAACGAGCUUUGCUCGUCAUUAUGCUGCCGGUGACCGAUCAUCACCGUCUUCGUCGUCGUCGGCUGCUGGAUAUCACGUCAGCCCAUCAUCCUUCAUGAGGGGAGCUGUUUUCUGGGAGCCCGACAGGCCCCUCUCGCUCGAGCAGCUCCAGCUCCCUCGCCCCAAAGCAGGCGAACUUCUUAUCAAGACCAAGGCCUGCGGAGUUUGUCACUCUGAUCUCCAUGUUCUUAAAGGAGAAAUCCCAUUCUCUGCUCCUUGUGUCAUUGGUCAUGAGAUAACGGGGGAAGUCGUCGAGCAUGGCCCCCUCACCGACCGAAAGAUCACUCACAGAUUACCAGUUGGAUCUCAUGUGGUUGGAGCCUUCAUCAUGCCUUGUGGCGGUUGCUUCUACUGUUCCAAGGGUCAUGAUGAUUUAUGCGAAGAGUUCUUUGCUUAUAACCGGGCCAAAGGAACCCUAUACGAUGGUGAAACCAGGCUAUUUCUUCAUAGCAGUGGAAAACCCGUCUACAUGUACAGCAUGGGAGGCCUAGCUGAGUACUGUGUCGUUCCAGCACAUGCACUAGCUGUACUUCCCAGCUCAUUGCCAUACACAGAAUCAGCAAUUUUAGGAUGCGCAGUUUUUACAGCAUAUGGUGCUAUGACCCAUGCAGCUGAGGUGCGCCCCGGGGAUUCUGUUGCUGUUGUAGGUAUUGGAGGCGUUGGAUCGAGUUGCUUGCAGAUGGCAAGGGCAUAUGGUGCUUCUGAUAUCAUUGCUGUAGACAUUCAUGAUGAAAAGCUGCAGAAGGCUAAAAUGCUCGGCGCCACUCAUACUGUGAAUGCAAUUAAAGAGGACGCUGUUGAGAAGAUAAAGGAAAUAACUGGGGGAGCGGGCGUCGAUAUUGCUGUUGAAGCCUUGGGAAAGCCACAGACAUUUUCACAGUGCGUAGAGUCCGUAAGAGAUGGAGGAAAGGCUGUGAUGAUUGGACUUGCAAAAGCUGGUUCGGUCGGGGAGAUAGAUAUUAACCGGCUCGUCCGUAGAAAGAUUAAAGUCAUCGGGUCCUAUGGUGCUAGGGCAAGGCAGGAUCUUCCCAAGCUGGUUAGGCUGGCAGAAUCUGGAAUUUUCGACCUCAAUAGUGCCGUUUCCAGAAAAUACAAAAUUGAGGAGGCUGGGAAAGCAUUUCAGGAUUUGGAUCAAGGAAAAAUCAUCGGUCGAGCUGUUGUCGAGAUUGCUUAGGUGCACUCUCAAGUCCAGCAGAGCGGGAGACUCUCCCUUCCCAGCACAGUUUCUUUAGAAAUAAAAAGGACAAGCCUGUCUUCCUCCCCCCGCCCUUGAGCUUAUCACAUUUCAAACUAAACCGUUAAUCUGACUGAUGGGUUCUGCGUUUGUUGAUGUUGCUGCAUAACAUGUUGGUAACAAGUGAUAUUUAUGAUGCUUUUUGCACCAUUCCA